AUGAGCUGGAUUACUUUUCGGACGCUGUCCCUCAGAGCGGAGGUCAGGAUGACCGCGCUCCUCCUGCUGACCGCUCUGGCUGUCCUGACCCAGGAGGGCUCCUGCAGCCCUGACCAGCCCAAAGCCGGCUGCAAGAGAUGGAGACAGGACGGAGAGAACGUCUGCUGCGAGGAGUGUCGGGCUGGAAAUCGCCUGGUCACAGAGUGUGGCCCAAAAGCCGAUAGCCUCUGCAAGCCCUGUCAGGAGGGAUUUUAUAAUCUGAAGGCUAAAGCGUACAGCUGCACCAUUUGUACCCAGUGUGUCGGUGCCCAAGUUCUACUGGAAAAGUGCACAGCCACGUCCGACACCAAGUGUGGCUGUAAAGAAGGACUGACCUGUGGAGAUGCCCAGUGCUCCUUCUGUGUGGAGAAGUGUGGGAGAGGCUUUGAGCUCGUUCGCCGUUCAUGUAAACCAUGCCCUGCCGGAACCUUCAGAGAUGAAAGUCUUCAAAAGUGUAAGCCUUGGAGUACAGAGUGUCCAAAUCCAGGUGAACUGAAGGUGGCCGAAGGAAACGCAUCGUCCGACAUUCAGUGUGUAAAACCUCCCCCUAUGGGCAAUUCAAAGAAACCUGAUCAGACAUCAAAUCAACUGGCCGUACUUGUGGCCGUUGGCUCGGCUGUGAUGGCCGUUUUCAUCAUGACCAUAAUCAUUGCCACUGUGGCACUGAAAACCUGGCUAAAAAAAAAGAGGAGAGAAAAGCCCGCCCCACAAAAACCCGUCAUCAGCCCACCCACAGAUGAUCCCCGCACACUGAUAGCGGUUGAAUGCAGCUUUCACGAGCCCCGGCAGGAGCAGGGCAGCAGCACGGAGUCGCUCAUCUCCAAGACCUCCCGGCAGCUCAUCGCCUAGAGAACAGCACGCCACUCUGUCCAGGUUCUGCUCAACUCAUUCCAG